AUGGAUAUCGAGGAGCAGGUGCGCUAUGCCGCCAUCGACCAGAUCUGUGACUACUACCAGACGCUGAACCAGCGUCCGGUCAAGUCCGAGGUCAAGCCGGGCUACCUCCUCGAGCAACUGCCCACCUCUCCCCCGGCCAAGGGACAGCCGUUCAAUGAGAUCGCGGCCGACUUCCAGGCGCGUAUCAUGCCGGGAAUCACGCACUGGCAGCACCAGAAGUGGUUCGGAUACUUCCCCUCCGUCGUCACCUUUGAGUCGAUUCUCGGCGAUCUUUACUCGUCCUCGGUCACGAACCCCGGCUUUAACUGGUCGUGCUCGCCUGCCUGCACUGAGCUCGAGCAGGUUGUGACGGACUGGAUGGUGGAGGUCCUUGGGCUGGACCCCGUCUUCCGCACCUCGGGCGGAAAGGGCGGUGGCAUCAUCGGCAACUCUGCCUCCGAGUCGUGUCUGACCGCCGCCAUUGCAGCUCGCGAGCGCGCUCUGCGCUACCUGGCUUCACAGGAGUCCAAAACUCUGAACGGACUGGGGCACGACGGUGCCGCGGGUCACGUCACCCAGAGCGGCACCGCCACGCCGCAGACGGCCGGUGGGCCGACGGCUGUUCCGCUCUCUGUGCGCGAGAAGCACACGAAGAACCUCGUCAUGUACGUCUCGACUCAGACGCACUCUGUCGGCUCGAAGGCCGCCCUCAUCCUCGGCAUGCAGUGCCGUGCUCUUCCGGUGCAUGCGCCCGACUACUCGUUCCGCGGUGAUGUUCUCCGCAAGGCGAUCGAGGAGGACGUCAAGAACGGCUACAUCCCCUUCUUCGUUGUUGGUACCGUCGGAUCUACGAGUUCCGGUGCGGUGGACCACAUCGCUGAGCUCGGCGAGGACUACCCGACUGCGUUCCUUCACGUCGACGCCGCCUGGGCCGGCGUCGCGUACGCUCUUCCCGAGCAGAGGAAGCCGCUCCGUCUCGACGAGGUCAACAAGUACGCCGACUCGUUCUGCACCAACAUGCACAAAUGGGGACUCGUCGGAUUCGAUUGUUCGCUCUUUUUCGUUCGCGACAGGCGCGACCUGACUGAGGCGCUGGACAUCACUCCGGGAGCUAACAUUCAGGCCUACCUCCGCACGAAGGAAGGCGACUCAGGCGCCGUCAUCGACUACCGCAACUGGCAGCUGGCGCUCGGCCGACGAUUCCGUAGCAUCAAGCUCUGGUUUGUCCUGCGUGGUUACGGUGUCGAGGGCCUGCAGGCUCAUCUCCGAAACGGCAUCGAGUACUGCGAGCAGCUUACGACGCUCGUAAAGCGCAACGCCUCUUUUGAGAUCGUUGCCCCGCCUAUUCUUGGACUGCUCGACUUCCGCCUCAUUACGGACCCGAAGGCGGAGGACCCCGAGCUCAAUGCGCUCAACGCCGAGCUCAUGGAUCGCCUGAACUCUCGCCCUGAAGUCAUGCUGACCCAGACGGUGCUCAAGUCCGUCGAGAGCGAGGUGUACUGCAUCCGCUUUGCUAUUGGCGCUCAGAAGACGACGUGGGAGGAUGUUGAGGAGAUCUGGCACGUUGUGGAGCAGGAAGGCGCGAAGCUUCUGGGCGAGUGGAAGCAGAAGCAGGUCGCGAACUAG